GGCGGUCGAACCAACAACAGUUGAGCAAUAAGAAGGCCCAGACCAAGCUACAGCAGGUUGUUUUCUUUGCUGUUUGGCUGCUGGUGCAUCGUGAAUAUGGCAUCUAGUCAGUCGUCUCCGAAGAAGGUUAAGGAGAAUUUCCCUGCUAACGUCAAGAUAGAUCAGUUUGUCGUGACCUCCCCGCCUACAGAUGCGAUAUCCGCGCUGCAGUUCUCCCCCGAACCGGAGUCUACCAGAAUCGCGGUGUCCUCGUGGGAUAAGAAUGUGUAUCUGUACGAAUUGCGCGACGAGAAUGGGAAUGUAGGAGAGGGGAAGCUUUUGCAGAAAUUCGAGCAUCGGGCGCCGGUCCUUGACGUGUGUUUCGGCGCGGACGAGAACGAGAUCUAUACUGCGGGGUUGGAUUGGGAUGUGAGGAGGAUCAAUGUCUCCACGUCAGAACAGACGGUCCUCAGCAGCCACGAAGCGGGCGUCAAGUCCGUCGUCUACAGCAAAGAGCACCACCUGCUAAUAUCAGCCUCCUGGGACUCGACGCUGCAUGUCCACCGCACAAAUGCCGAUUCAGAACCAGCUACCAUUCCUCUCCCCUCGAAGCCCUUCUCCCUCUCCCUCACACCUACGAAGCUUGUUGUCGCCAUGGCCUCGCGAGCUCUGCACAUCUACGAUCUCAAAUCGCUUGCUCUUCUUUCCGACGAGUCUGACCAGCAGCCUCCAAACAAUGUGGAAAUUGAACCGUGGCAGAGGAGAGAGAGCAGUCUUAAGUUUAUGACACGUGCUGUGGCCUGCAUGCCCAACGACGCGGGUUAUGCUUCCUCCAGCAUCGAGGGCCGAGUAGCUGUCGAGUGGUUCGACCCUUCGCCAGAAUCGCAGGCGCGGAAAUAUGCAUUCAAGUGCCAUCGACAGGCGCAGGACGAUGUUGAUGUGGUAUAUCCAGUGAACGCGCUUGCCUUCCACCCCAUCCACGGUACUUUCGCAUCCGGCGGAGGAGACGGCGUUGUUGCAUUGUGGGACGGUAUCGCCAAGAGGAGAAUUAGACAGUAUCAGAAAUACCCAGCCAGCAUUGCUGCUUUGUCGUUCAGUUCGAACGGCAAGUACUUGGCUAUUGCUGUCAGUCCCGGCUUUGAGGAUGGAAAGGAGGACAUGUCUGAAGGCGUUGUCAAGAUCUUUGUCCGCGAACUCGGAGAGACGGAGGCCAAGGGCAAGGGCGCAAAAUGAAAAAAAUGGCAGCUUUAUAUAAUAACUACUGUUCUAUUCCUCGAUCCAUGUUGAUUUAGUUGGCGAAUUGGUGAUAGGUCCUGCGUCUGUGAUGAAUGCCAGAUGCAAAAAGAGCUUUAUCAUGUAUGAUAAGAAAGAAAGCAAAAAAACCAUUCUCACUGGUCUAAUAGGUAUAACUCCAUUUACUCGUGACACAUGUUAGGCUCUCCAUCUUAAGCGGCUGCUUUCCGCACCGUCACCGUCCCGUCUGGCAUACCGAAGUAGGCCGCCACGGGCUUCUGGCCGCCAACACCACCCAAGGCCUGCGCUUGCGGACCAGUCAUACCGCUG